CUCAUUUCUUCUCGGCUACAAAAGGCGAGUUCUUAUCUUUUUCCUCUUUUCUGUCUCAUGUCAUCCAUCUUCUCUGGCAAGAACGCAGAAGCUCACGACAGAGACUCAACGCCAGUCGCAGGCGAGAAAAAAUAGGGUUAGGGUAUACUUCUCCUUCUGCACAAUGGGCGGAAAAUCGGUAAGUCUUCAAUCUCCAAAAUCUCCGAUUCCGUUGUGUUUUCAUUAGAUUUCGACGUAGAUUAUCUAAACUAGCUGCGAGCGAUUGAAAAAUAGGCUUCCUGUAUGAGAUCAUGGUGUCGGAUUACGAUCCGGAGCAGACCGUAGGUUAGGGCAAGGGUUUCUUCUAUUUGUAGAGGAGUUGAUACGAUUAGAGCCUGCAGUGUCGUGGAAUUAGGGUUUUGUUCUGGGGUUCUGUCGAAUUAAGGAUUUUUGCUUGGGUUGGGGUUUUCUUUUUACGCGGUGUUUCCAGGGCCGGCUAAGGAGAAUUUGUGGGAUUCGGCUACGAUUCGAGCUUGCGGUUUGUGGAGAUUGGGGGUUUCGCGGAUUGUGGUUUUUGUUGGAGAUUAGGGUUUUGUUGAAGGGGAAAUUGGUGAGAAUCAGUGAUUGUUGUGAGGAUAAUGUGUAUACUGUGUGUUGUUCAGAAGUGGUCCCGCCGGGUCGCGACCAUGCUUCCUUGGUUAGUAAUUCCGUUGAUUGGGCUCUGGGCGCUCUCUCAGCUGCUGCCGCCAGGGUUCCGUUUUGAGGUCACUUCUCCACGUCUGGCAUGUGUUUUCGUGCUGCUUGUUACACUUUUCUGGUAUGAGGUGUUGAUGCCACAGCUGUCGGCUUGGCGUCUGCGUAGGAGCGCACGGCUCAGGGAGCAACGUCGGUUUGAAGCUAUUGAGAUGGAGAAGCUUCGGAAGACCGCCACUAGACGGUGCAGGAAUUGCCUCACACCAUACCGGGACCAGAACCCAGGUGGGGGCCGGUUCAUGUGCUCGUACUGCGGGCAUAUUUCAAGGCGGCCGGUGUUGGACAUGCAGGGUCCAGCCAGUUUGGGGAUUACGAGUUCAGGGAUUGGGAAAAUAUGGAAUUCGAAGGUGUGGUCAGAGAAUGGUUGGAUAUGUGGGCAGGAUUGGUCAGAGAAUGGGAACUGGGGCGGAGGGUCUUUUGUUGGGAAACCAGGUGGUCAAUGGGGAAGAAAUGGGGGUGCAUUUUUUAGCGGCGAUGACCGGUGCGUGGCGGAGAAAUCUUAUUCGGGUGUCGUUGUUUUUGCUUGUAAACUGUUGGCAUCUUUUUUCUUGAGCAUAAGGUGGCUGUGGAGAAAGAUCUUUCGUGUCGGUUCCACGAGGGAAGAUGCUUCAUCAGAUGCAGAACAUAAAGGGUUGUUGUCAAAGAAAGGUGAGAAUGGGGUUAAUUUAAAUGAGAGUAAAGGGGAAAAAGCCCGCCGGAAAGCUGAAGAGAAGAGACAAGCCAGGUUGGAAAGGGAGAUGCUUGAGGAGGAAGAAAGAAAGCAGAGGGAAGAGGUUGCGAGGUUAGUGGAGGAACGCAGGAGAUUGAGAGAUGAAAAAUUGGAGGCAGAAAAAGAACGUGGCAAGGGAUCGACUCCUGAUAGAGAAAGAGACAAUAGGAGAGAAACAGAGAGGCGGCGACAGGAAAAGAGGAAGGAGAAAGACAAAGGUUCCAAUAAAAGUAAUUCUGACGGGGAAGAGCUUGAAAGGAAGGUCAAUAGGGAAAGCGAAAGAAAGCGUGAGUUUGACAAGAGGAGUGAGAUUGAAAGACGGGACCUUCAGAAAACCACAAUGGAAAGUAUCAGGCCACAGAGUUCGGAAAUAGGGAAUGGUAUGAAAAAUAUAUCGACUAAUUUUAGCAGACCAAGUGGUGGUGGCAGCAGAUACUUUGAUCGGAUGAAGGGUUCUUUCCUUUCUUCGUCUAAAGCUUUCAAUGGAGCUACUUUUUUUGGGAGGGGUGCUCAUGCUUCUGCUACUGCUGCUAUGAAAGUGAAUAGACCUUCUGGUUCUGGUGAUCAUGUCCAAACUUCUACCAGUAGGAGAGAGGUACUUUCCUCCGAACACAUUGCAGGGAAAUUUACUUCAAAUGGGGAUGACAAGCUUUCUGAGGCUGCUUCCCAACGGCCUGUUGUGUCAGAUCUGCAACCACAGCCAAUUGCCCCAAAAAAAACGUGGCAGCAACUAUUUACCCGUUCUUCAGCAGUUACUUCGUCCUUGGAUGCAAAUACCAUGUCUCAACCAAGUCCAAAUCACCAAACAGAAGCUCGGAGCCCGCAAUUACCUGAUCAAGCACCACCAAAGUAUCACUUGGAUAAUCCAAUCCAAUUUGGGUUGCCGUUACCUUUCUCUCCCUUAUGUACCACUUCAAUUAGUAGCUCAGUAUCUCCUCCUGCAGCUGGAUCUGUCUUUCCUCUUGUUGGAAAUCCUGCACAUGAUUUUAUAUCCGAAGAUGCAGAGCUUUUUGAAGACCCAUGUUAUGUGCCUGAUCCAGUUUCUUUGCUCGGGCCAGUUUCAGAAUCACUUGAUAACUUCCCACUGGACCUGGGGACUGGGUUUGUGUCAAGUUCAGGAUUGGAAAGGUCUCAUGUUCUCAAGAAUGUGUCAGCUUCUACAGAAGUCAGCAAGCCUUCUCCUAUUGAAUCCCCAAUGUCAAAACUGCGGGUUGCUGAAGAAAGGCAUUUUACUUCCAGCCAACUGCCAUGCACUCCAAGGUCCCGGGAUCUACAUGCUUCUUCAGAUGAAUCUGUUAAUGCACAUGAGCAAGGCACAUGGCAGAUGUGGGGUACGCCGCCACUUGGACCUGCCAGCUGGCUUUUGCCUCUAGGACAGAACAAAACAAACCAGGAAAAUAUUGUGCAUCCUUCAACCCACAAGGCUAUUGUAUCACAGUUUCCAAAGGAGAACCAAGUCCUUCCUGGUGCUAGUUCUCCUCAGAAUGCUCGUGUUGGUAAUGACCAGAGUGGCGGGACAUUUAGUCCUCUUGGUCCUGGCUCAAAUGAAGCUGAUCUGUGGCUACAUAAAACUGUGUUGCAGCCAUUGGUGGGUGAUGGGGACAAACAUUUCCCACCCCUUAACCUGAGGGAGGAUAUCUCACAGAAUGAAAUGACUUAUGAUGGUGUAAGAAAGGCAGGAGCUGGCCAUCCAUUUGAACAAUCUCCAGGCAGUUGUUGGUCAAAUAGAGACUGGGCUGUGCAAGGUCAAGUGGAAGGUGACGGAAAUUCAACCCUAGCGAUGCCCCCUAUUGGUGGCUUAUUUUCCACCCCAGAUGUACAGUCACUUUGGUCAUUUAAUUAAAUAGAGAGAAAGAGGACACUCAACCACCGCCACUGUUCCAAAGGCAAAGCAGCCUCUUUUGAGAGCUCAGAAACUGGUUGCUCUGUAACUUCCUUCUUUAAUGAGAAAGAUGGUCACUUUAUUAGUA